CCAACUGAUACUUCUAUUGCAAAAUCUCUCAAUUUACAAAUUUUGUGUUCUAAUUUAUCAAAUUUGGUUUACUUUGUUCUUCAUCGUUCUUCACACGUCGUGCCUUACCGAGACCCAUCCUAUUUUCUAUUUAACACUUUCUUCUUAUUCUUCAUAUAAUUUUUAAUUUUACAUUUGAUUUUGGAUUUGCAGGUUUAUAUUGCAAACUUAAUUCUCUAGACAUGCCACUCGAAAUUACACCUAUUUCCCAAUUAACUCUAGCAACAGAUCCAUGUAAAAUCAACGUUCGAAUUGUCCGUCUUUGGGGUUUUCCAAAAAAGGAUAAACCAGAAGAAUUUACAGGAAUCGAUCUUCUCCUUGUGGAUGAAAAGGGAAGUAGGAUACAAGCUUCUGUAAAAGGAAAAUUACUCGAUAAAUUUCAGAAGGACUUAAAAGAAGGGAAAUGUUGUGUUCUUAUGAACUUUGAAUUAUGCCCAAAUCUAGGAAAAUUUCGGAGUUGUGACCAUCCUUACAAGAUCAAUUUCAUAUUCUACACAUGUGUUAAACCAAGCGAGGAGAUUCCUAAUCUAGAAGCGUGUUUCAACUUAUGUCCUUUUCCUGAGAUAUUAGCAAGAAGAAAUGAUGAUACUAUAUUCAUUGACAUUAUUGGUGAGAUUGUUGGGAUGAAUGAAGUUAAGAGUAUCACUACUGCUGAAGGUCCAACAAAGUUGCUUAAUCUUCAGCUUAAAGAUCUUGGGGAUUCACUUAUUGAUGUUGCCUUAUGGGGUAAACUUGCAGAAGAUGUCUACUCUAAUGUUGAAAAAGGGCCGUGCGUUGCACGGGCUAUAACAAGACAGCAAGGUGGAUAUGUGUGUUUUUUUUAUAACAAGACAGCUGUUUUUUUUUUUUUUUGAAACAAUACAUGACAUGUGUGUUUGAGAUAUCAAUCCAUAAAAUUUUGAAACC